GGGGAGCCUCUCGUCCAUCCCACUCACAAGCUCGCCUCACAUCCCCACAUCGACAUCUUCACCACAUCCCCGCAAGCUAACAGCAUCUUCCAUCCCGUUCAUCCUCCAUUCCACCUAUUUAAGGCCGCAAGCCUAGCCAUCAUGAUUCUGCGUUUUCGCUCGCCCGAUGGUACCUACCGUGUAGAUAUCCAGCCAACAGAUGACACAUCUCUUCUUAUUUCUAAGGUGGGUAUAUCUGGUUUUCGCUUUGCGAAGAGUGGUGCCUUAUCGUUAUCAAUAGCCCUCUAACUUGACUCUUCUUCCACCAGUUACGGGAGGACCUACCUAAGGAUGUUGACCCUCAUACGAUCAUUGUUUCGGACCGUCCAGCAAAUGGGAGGGCAAGGGUUCUUAAUGAGAUAAGCGGGAUGAAGAUUUCCGACCUGGGUCUCAGGUUGAUACUCCCUAAAUGGGUUCUGUUAUACACAUGCUAACCCGUUGUACCAUCGUGGAUGCUAGCCACGGUGAUAUGCUGUAUCUCUCAUACGAGAAGUCGGAUGAGCCUCAGGCCCCCAACGGCGCCACCACAAACUCUGAUGAGCCAUCCGGUGUACGGCUUAACGGACAGCCUGUUGGGCCAUCGGAGGGCGUUUCUCGUCUGUACACUUCCACUGCAUCUAGCUCGGCGAUUCCGGACAAGGCUUCGAAUGCUUGGGAAACUGUUACCCAGGACCCUGUUGACGAGGAGCUGGACAAGAAGGAUGGAAAGAUACCCAGAGGUCGAGAUCACAAGAUGUGCAGACAUGGUCCUAAAGGGAUGUGUGACUACUGUAUGCCGAUGGAACCCUAUGACCCGGGCUACCUUGCCGAGAACAAGAUCAAACAUCUCAGUUAUCACUCUUACCUGAGAAAGACAAACACUUCAACGAACAAGCCUGAGCUCAAGUCCUCGUACAUGCCUCCCUUGUCGGAACCUUAUUUUAGGCUACGAAAGAAUUGCCCUUCCGGCCACCAACCGUGGCCUGCCGGCAUCUGCUCCAAGUGCCAACCAUCUGCAAUCACCCUUCAGCCUCAGGAAUUCAGGAUGGUAGAUCAUGUCGAAUUUAGUGACCCCGCUUUGAUCAAUACUUUUAUCGACUUUUGGAGACGGACUGGCAAUCAACGGAUAGGGUAUCUUUAUGGAAGGUUAGCACCUUACCCGGAGGUUCCAUUAGGCAUAAAAGCUGUUGUCGAGGCGAUAUAUGAACCACCGCAGGUUGGUGAGCCGGAUGGUGUUACACUACAGUUACCCUGGGCUGGCGAGGAGGAUGUGGCUGAGGUCGCAUCUCUAUGUGGGCUCCGGAAAAUUGGUGUCGUUUUUUCAGAUCUUCUUGAUGAUGGAACCGGGCAGGGGACUGUGGUUUGCAAGAGGCACAUUGACUCGUAUUAUUUGUCAUCGCUCGAGAUAGCCUUCGCUGCGAGGCUUCAGGCUGAACACCCCCACCCCAGCAAGUGGUCAGAAACUGGACAGUUUGGCUCCAGUUUCGUCACUUGUGUCGUUUCGGGCAACGAGGAUAAUGGAAUUGAUGUGGCAGCAUACCAGGUUUCGAACACUGCGGUGGAGAUGGUCCGAGCGGAUAUUAUCGAACCCUCGGCUGACCCCUCUGUGAUGAUGGUCCGCGAGGAGGACGGGAAAACAAGAUAUGUUCCUGAAGUUUUCUUCAGACACAUCAAUGAGUACGGUCUCAACGUCAAAGAAAAUGCCAAACCCAGCUUCCCUGUUGAGUACUUACUUGUCACAUUAACACACGGCUUCCCCAAUGACACCAAGCCUAUAUUCAUAGCGCCACUAGGAAAGUUCCCCAUAGAGAACAGGGAGAUUGUCGGCAUUUCGCAGGACCACCGGGCUGUGGCGAAACAGUUGGGCAUUACCUCCCAGAGCGCAGAUGGACCAGCCGACGGGAUUGACGUUGUUAGCGACUUCCAUCUUCUAACAUUUAUCAGAGGAUGGGGUGUUCUCGAGAAGGUGUGCACGCUUCCCUCUCACGCUGGUUGGGUUCGCAAUUAACCGAGUGAUUACUCAUGACUACACAGGAUGAGGAAGAGCUCCUAGCAAAAGUGGCAGUCGGCCACGACGUAAACGAUGGCUACAAGCUGUUGCAGACGCCUGGUUGGCAGACGCUGAUGACGAUUCUAAGGGAGAGCGGUGAGAAUGCCCCUUUGAAGCGUGCUUUUGUUGAAUAUUCUCCACUACCACCACAAAUACCUUCACCGUUUGUAAAUACGAGGAAGGGGGCAGACGCGGGGGGCAGCGGUAGUAGUAGCAAUGGCGGCGCUGCGGGGAGAGGAAGGGGAGGGGAUAAUGCAACCUCAUCUAAUAAUUAUGGACCCUUGGCUAAACGUUUCCGCGGAUUCAGUCUGAAGGAAGGGGAAUAA